AUGACAACAAAAAAAAAAAAACCUUUUUUGGCCAUUUUAAUCUCCGCCGGACAUUAGGAAGAGCUUAUCUGUUUGUCUCGUAUGAACAUCUACGCCAUGGAAAUGUUUGAUUCAUACCAUUAUCUAGCUCUCUUCCUCCUCAUAUUUCUCAUUGCAAAACUAGUAUUGAUCCGAUCCAAAAACAAAAAUUCUCCGCCAACCCCUUUCUCUCUUCCAUUAAUCGGUCACCUCCACCUCCUUAAACAACCACUGUACCGAACACUCCAAACUCUGUCUCUAAAAUAUGGUCCGAUCUUUUCUCUUCGGCUUGGAUUCCGGUCCUUUGUCAUCAUAUCUUCUCCUUCCUUUGUCAAAGCCUGCUUCACCAAAAACGAUGUAGUCUUCGCAAACCGGCCACGUAUCAUGGCCGGUGAUCACUUGUCGUACAAUUACUCUUCCUCUGUGUGGGCUCCUUAUGGCGACUUAUGGCGGGGCCUUCGAAGAUUCACCACCAUCGAGAUCUUUUCUCAGAAGAGUCUUCACAAAUUCUCUUACGUACGAGAAGAAGAAGUUUGUUCCAUUGUUCGCCAAUUGUUCAAGGCCUCAAAUAAGGGACCCCAAAAGGUGGAUUUGAAUCAUCUCAUCUUUCUCUUGACGUUCAAUGUCACGACAAGGAUUAGUGUUGGGAAACAGUUGAUCGGAGAGGAAAUUUCUAGCACGGUUGUGGGAAAACAACGUCUUAAAGAAGUGAAGGAUUUGUUCUUUCCAGCUCAGUCAAUGACGAAUUUAUGCGAUCUCUUUCCGGUUUUGCGGUGGAUUGGUUACGGAGGUUUAGAGAAGAACAUGAUAAGGUUGCAGAGAAAGAGGGAUGAAUUUCUGCAGGGUUUGAUAGAGAAGAUUCGCCGAAAGAAAAUAGCUUCCUUAGAAGAAGAGAUCACAUUAGUUCAUAGGCUAUUGUCAGCACAAGAAUCAGAACCUGAAUUCUACUCGGAGGAUGUUAUCAGGAGUAUUGUAUUGAUAAUGUUCGUUGCUGGAACUGACACAUCCGCAAACACCAUAGAGUGGUGCAUCUCACUUCUCCUAAACCAUCCACAAGUACUGCAAAAGCUUCGAAACGAAAUCGACAGCAACGUUGGACAUGGUCGACUGGUUAAGGAGUCGGAUCUUCCAAAGCUUCCAUAUCUUCGCUGUGUCAUCCAUGAGACUCUUAGACUAUAUCCCAUAGUACCUCUUUUGUUGCCUCACUUUUCAUCAGAAGAUUGCACUCUGGGGGGAUACCAGAUACCUCAAGGCACAACUUUGCUGGUCAAUGCUUGGGCAAUUCACAGAGAUUCCAAUGUAUGGGACGAGCCUAACACUUUCAAGCCAGAGAGAUUUGAAGAGCAUCACAUGUUGGAGGGUGAAAGAGAAGGGAACAAUUUCAGAUUCAUUCCGUUCGGAAUCGGAAGGAGGGCUUGUCCUGGGGAAGGAAUGGGAAUCCGAACUGCUUCGUUGGCGGUGGGCACGCUUCUUCAAUGCUUUGAUUGGGAGAGAGUUGGGAAGGAAUUGGACAUGAGCCAAGGCUAUGGAAUUACUCUCUUUAAGAGUAGGCCUCUUGAAGUUGUUUGUAGUCCUCGCCAAAUUAUGAUUGAUCUUCUCUCUCAACUUUGAUAUUGUUAUUGUGCCUGCCAUACUGUUUGAUGCAGGGAGAAAAGAUUAUCAUCCAUCGCAUAGCUUGUUUCCAUUUCUCUGAAUUUGGUUCAAGAUCUUGACAAAAAACCAACAUCCAAAAGGAUACAAUGAGACAAAUAAUAAUUUGCCCCCAAGCCCACCAUCUCUCCCUAUGAACGGCCAGUCGGCCACCUCCAUCUUCUCAAAGAGCCAUU